GUUGAGACUUCUGCUUACGUCACCAGGUUGGUUAAGAUGAUAGUACAUAGCUUGAUCCCAAAAUUUAGAUCUGAUGCGCUGCUGUUCCGAGUUCGUGCUGCGAGGUGUCGUUGCUCACUUAUGUGAUUCGUUUUCGUAUAGGAUGAUCAUGAAAAAUGUGUGACAUCGGGUUCGCAGAACUCGUUUUCAUCGUGACAAAAAGCAGGGGGGGAGUUUCUCGUUGUUUGAUUUUCCUUUCGGAGAGGACGCAGUGAUAGUGUGGCGCUCACAUGAAGCGCAGCGAUGGGGAGUAUCCUGACCCGCUACCUACCCAACUUCUUGCUCUUUGUCCUUCGCUGUUAAAACACAAACAGAACUCAUCGUCAUCUGCGGCAUAUUUUAGGGGGGAACUCGCGAGCCACAGUAUGCGAGCUUCAGAUUAAGUCCGAUUUCGAGCACAGCAACCUAUCAAUUGUUUGAGAUACGAGAUUCCAUCACGCAAAAACGAUAGCCCGCCGCUUCUCUUUUUUGCCAAGCACUACCACUAGUCUAAUACAGCACUGCGGCGAGCGCUACGCUACCUACUUGUUACCCGCACUACCUACCGAGGGAAAGAAAAUGGCGUCUUGCAAAAGCUUUGGUUCCGCGGAGAAUCGUUCGGUCGCGAAAGAAGAAGUCGCAAAAGAAGCUUCCGACGGGGUGCCGGCCUUUUCAAGCUCUUCAGCUCCUGCUGUCGGUUUCCGCCGCAUCAACAUUCAAAAUCUGGCAGCAAAAAGCAUCACAAAACUCGUUGACACCUCUAAAGUGAAUCAAGUCAAACACCUGAGCAGGUCCGAGGUCAUCGGUGACUUCUUCACCGCAACACAAAAGCUUCCCCCUCUGCAUCGCGUGAAGUGGAUUGCAGUAGAAGACGUCGGCUCGACGCCUGCAAGCGGUAGCGAGGAAGCGGAGGGAGCGACAAGUGUAGAUGCCGCUACUGGUGCGGAUACGAAACCCGAUUUACCGGAAGGUUUCCUCGACCCCGAGGCGCAAAUUCCGGACGAUUUUUCCACCUUUCAGUUUGUCAUCAGUGAGGAAAUAGGAUGCGCAGCAACCAGGUCCGAGAUCGAGAAGCGGGUGCGCGACGGGGAAAAAUUAGGAAGGCCAGAACCUAUGCAGCGUUGGUGGAUAGUUGACCUUUGCAGCGGUACCUUGAGUAGAUGUACGCGACCCCACAUGAACCUGAAAGUUUUUUCUUUUAGACUACCGGCAAAGAAGAUUUUCGACCAACAUUUUAGUUCCCCGGAUAUCGUGACUGCAAAUACUUCGAAACGAACCCAUUGAAUAACAAUCAACCGAACUACACCAACACCAACGCCAGAUCUCCUGCAGACAUUGUCGCUGGAGCAAGCCCGGAGUUUAUUGUACGAUACGACCUUCACUGCACUCCCGGAACAGAUUGCAGCCAACUGUCUUCCCUGCCAGGCACUCUAUCGCCAUGAGCGUGAGCUUGAGGGCAGCGAAUGGUCGAUGGAUUGCUUCCGGGUCGGGCAAGGUACGCCUUCGGAGCGCUGGAGCUACUACUGGAACCUAGUCCGUGCCGUGUGGGAGCUGCCUGAUUCUGAAUGGGCCAAGCUUGAAGCGGAGACUGGCGGUGUGUUUUUUACGCAAGACCAGCGGCAAGUGUUCGCCACCAACCUACUCCGUGACCUCGUGGUUUUGGAAGAAGAUAUUCAUGAUGCGCCCGAGUCCCUGCAAGCAGUCUCGAACCUCCGCUCAGGCGAGCACAUGAUCCGCGAAGAGCCCGAGCCUGUCCCACCUCGUGCGAUUAAGCCGCUCGUCGACCCCGUUAUGCCACUGCAUGAGUUCCACCGGACGAUACUCCAGGCGACUAAGAUGACUAGACGCGAACUGGUGGAAUGGAUGAAGAACGAGUUGCUCCUUGACGGGAAGCACUUCGGCCUCACUGCCGGUUGGAAGGUGGACGGACGGAAAACGAAACACAAACUCGCGAAUACCGACGGCGCGGGGGAUAUCAAUUCGGGUAGAGAUCAGUAGUGUAGUCUAUCUUGAGGCGAAGAUGUCUCUCUGCGUAAAUAGGCGAAUGAGACCCUUCAAUCACACGGUCUGUAUACAAGGUCAAGAGUUACCGAAAAAAUAUUGCUGUAAAAAAAAAUAAUCACUUCUGCAGAUCUCAUCCGCGUUCUUUUCGAAAUUAUCGUCGCUGGACACCACGGUCCGUUGGAAGAGAACGGGACCGAUGUGCUGGAGCCGAGUGAAUUCUGGGAAAUCAUGACUGCCCCACUGCGUCUGGAGAACCUGCCGACAUCCCUUCGCCUACGAACGCAUUUGGUUGAUGGGGUUUUUUCCGUUGGCGGUGAGGGGAUUCAUGAGGAGGUUUCGCUGGCGAUGGUGUAUUCGACGACGCGCGACGAAAUCCUCACGCAUGCUUCGCGCAUGGUCCGCACCAUCAAAUCGUUCCUGUGUGCGGGUCUUUCAUCACUCGCGGAGGACCUGACGUUCCUGCAGGAGGAACUUUCCAAGCUAGACAGCAGGCACGAGGGAUUGGCACUGCCUACAGCAACCUCUCUAAUCUAA